GCGCAGGGCAUUGUGGGAAGGGCGGCCGGUGCUGCCGCAGCUGCCAUCUUAGGGACUCCGGGCCAGGCCUGCUAGGCCUCUACGGCGGAGGCGGCCGUGUGCGCGGCGGGUGCGCUCGGGGCGAGGCGGAGGGUCCGUGGGCGGGGGGCCGAGCUUCCCGGCGGCGAGGGGCGGCCUGCGGCGGGCAGCGGGUGACAGGCGGCGGGCGCCGCGCCGCGCGAGGAUGGGCCGGUCGCGGAGCCGGAGCUCGUCCCGCUCCAAGCACACCAAGAGCUCCAAGCACAACAAGAAGCGCAGCCGCUCGCGCUCGCGCUCGCGGGACAAGGAGCGGGUGCGGAAGCGCUCCAAGUCCCGGGAGAGCAAACGGAACCGGCGGCGGGAGUCGCGCUCACGCUCGCGCUCCACCAACGCGGCGGCGUCCCGGCGCGAGCGGGAGCGCGCCUCGUCCCCGCCCGACCGCAUCGACAUCUUCGGGCGCACGGUGAGCAAGCGCAGCAGCCUGGACGAGAAGCAGAAGCGGGAGGAGGAGGAGAAGAAGGCGGAGUUCGAGCGGCAGCGAAAAAUUCGGCAGCAAGAAAUAGAAGAAAAACUCAUUGAGGAAGAAACAGCACGAAGAGUAGAAGAAUUGGUAGCAAAGAGGGUAGAAGAAGAAUUGGAGAAAAGGAAGGAUGAAAUUGAACGAGAAGUCCUCCGAAGGGUGGAAGAGGCCAAACGCAUCAUGGAAAAGCAGUUGCUCGAAGAACUCGAGCGACAGAGACAAGCUGAGCUUGCAGCACAAAAAGCUAGAGAGGAGGAAGAACGAGCAAAGCGUGAGGAGCUGGAGCGGAUAUUAGAAGAAAAUAACCGGAAAAUCGCAGAAGCACAGGCCAAACUGGCUGAAGAACAGUUGAGAAUUGUUGAAGAACAAAGAAAGAUUCAUGAGGAAAGGAUGAAACUAGAACAAGAACGACAACGUCAACAAAAAGAAGAACAAAAAAUUAUCCUGGGCAAGGGGAAGUCCAGGCCAAAACUGUCCUUCUCGCUAAAAACCCAGGACUGAGCGGCAAACUCUGAACUUUUUACAAAGGAAAAUGAAAAAACUUCGUAUUGUAGCUUCAUGUUGAAGUGGUUUUUUGUUUUUGUUUGUUUAUUUUUUUUAAUUGGAGAAUCUGGAAAGUUAGCUUGUUCUAAUAGGGGCUAUGCUCUGCAAUCCCUUUAUUUUUCCCUCUCCUCCAUUAUGUCAAAUCCUUAUCAGAUCAUUGCUGUUUUUUAGAAGUGGUGUAUUUUUCACCUGUUGGGAUUCUGUACUGGUUGGUGGUCUGCCAUUGAGCAGGUCACGUGGUGACUAGCUGGUCUGGUAAGGUGUUCACUGACCACUGACUUCGGGGUUAUACUCUGUUUACUACGUCCUAAUGCUGGUGUUGCUGACUUUUUGUUUUUUUAUACAUUUAUAAAAAAAGAAAAAGUUGGUAAUUGCAUUGCAAAAUUCCCAGGGUUGUGCUGGAGCUGUGUGGUGUGUGUCACAGCAGUGUCCUUGUGAUGCUGUGGCUCUUGGUGUUCCCGAUAACAGGUAAGGAUAACAGUUGCUCACCUGCUACAGAAGCACCUGCAGUGCAGUAUUGUCUCUGUUGGACUUUUGUUUCUUUCAUUGACAAGUCAAACCAGCAUUCCCCACUGUAAAUAAAUGAUUUUGCUGAAUAAAGUAAAGUCUUAAAUUCA